AUGGCUCGUGGCGUGGGCGCUGCACUGCUGUUCUUGGCCUCGCCAACAUUGCUCAUGUUGCAAGCACUGCUACUGCUAUCUACGUCGUGCGCCCUGUUGCGCUCGGCUCACGGCGAGGACCUCCUCACCAAGGGCUUCACCGCCGUGGAGCUCGCCGAGGUGCAGUUCAAGGUUCAGAAGCCCUACGACGUGCCGCUGCCCGAGCGCUACGAGUUCGUCGACGGCGUGCGGCGGAUGUGGGUCUACGCCACCGACCAUCCCAUCACCACCACCCACCCCGGCGGCCCCCGCACAGAGACCUAG